GGCUCGUCGUUAAAAGGGUCCCCGGCCAACGGAGAAGGUCCUCUUGCUGCUUACUUCGCUCUGUUUCGGGCUUCUCUCCUCCGCGAGCCGGCGAAGCGCUCGAUCGUCCGAGUCAUCUCCCCUCCCAAAAAAUGGCGGCGACCAAGCCACUCAUCAACCUCAACGAGAAAAUCCCCUCCGACGGAGAAGAGCCGGAGAGCCCCACGCGAGCCCCGGACCCCGUUGACCCGCCCCCGGCCCCGGAGCCCGGCCGGCGGGCCCCCUCCCCGGCGGCCGAUCCGGGUCCCGGGAAACCGAGCAAGGAAGGCGAGGGAGGGCCGCCGGCGAAGGGCACCACCGCGACGGUCGUCUCGAGCGGCACCGGCCCCGUGAACGACAUCUACCGGAGGAUCCGACGCGCCGAGCGGUUCGGGAUGCCGAUUCAGCUGUCCGAGGAAGAGAAGCGCUAUUCGCGCGCUGAGAGGUUUGGCACUGGAUCUGUUCUGAACAAGUCAGAAGCUCGUGGUGAAUCAGAGGAGCUGAAGAGAAAAGCUAGAGCAGAGAGGUUUGGUACUUCAGUUUCACCACUGGUCACAGACGAGGAGGCAAAGAAGAAAGCUCGGCUUGCUAAAUUUGGUUCGGGGUCCAAAACUGAUGCUCAUGAGGAAGAUAAGAGGAAAGCCAGGGCAAUCAGAUUCUCUAAUCUUCCAUCAGGUUCCCUGUCCCAAGGGAAUGGCAAGGCAGUGAUUGCAGGCAAGGCCACUGGAGGAGCAUGAGGAAAGAUGACAGCAGCAACCCUUUUUGUUUAUACUUUUCCUUUUUUGUGUAGAAGUUGCAAAGUUAGUUGCAUCUGACAUUUGAAGUGGCAUCCAGUUAUUCUAACAAAUUCCAGAUCGAAUUCUCCCUUAUCCUCGAAAUGGCUAUAGUGCAGCGGCAUAACAAGGUUUCUGCAGAAUGAAAGGAAGUUCUUUUAUUUUUCUUAAGUCUCAAUCAAUUUACCCACUUACCCAUUGAGGCCAGUGGAAUCACAAAGCUCCCCCUCAGUGUCAACUUAUCACCCGUUCUCAAAAUAUCAGAUAUUCCUAUUUACAAGCACAUUGACUUUUGUCUUGAAGGUUUUUCUAUAGGCUGGCAGCAGUGGAAAAUAUGCUGUUAUAACUGUUUCGUUUCAAAAUCUAAAGAUCAGCUUGUUCUACUAACGAACUGGUACACAGAUGGGUAGCCUCUCAUAUCCAAGCUUAGUAUGGCUUUAAGUGUGAAGCUUCAGUAUCGACUAAUUUAUUUUUUCUCAUGUAUUGAGUCAAUUUUUGUCACUCUUAGAAGUAACGUGCAUAUGCUAAAGCCAGCGGUGAUAGUUAAGGCAUUUGUGGCCUCCUCGAAGCAUCUAAAAGUCCUUAAAAGUUCAAUUAGAUAAUGAGUCUGGAUUCAGUGUCUUUUGGAUUUUCAGUGUUUUCAUUCUCAUGCUCAUGUUUGAUGGCCUUGAUUGUGUGGAGAUGCUCCAAUCUUUAGAAUCAUGAUGCAAGCAGCAGAUGAGAUUUAGUUCACGGUUCACCUUUCCUAGCUGAUUGGAUUGCACUAGCUAUAGCUUUGUUUUUUUCACCUGAAGAUGCAGACGCUCAUUUUUGGUAUUUUGUGAAUGAUACAUUGCAUUUUUAGAUGCCGUGUACAACAUCUUUUCAAAUUUGAGGUCUCAGGGCUAAUUGAAACCUGCUUGUGCAUUAUCAUCAUGAAAAUCUCUAGAUCCACAUCCACUCAAUUUUCAUUUUUCUAAGGUGAAGCUUUUUCAUCUUGUUUUGUUGGAAGUCCUGAUCUGCUGUCCUUGGAUAAUGAGAGGCACAUCCAACGUGAGUGGGAUAAGCUGAAGGCAGAGCCGACAAGUGACUUUUGUCCUUCGGUCUGAGACUUUUAUGAGGUUUUUUAUGUUUCCUGAUUUUGUGACCUAUCUUAAUGGUUAAUUCAGAUAAGUUGGCACGUGGGAGGAUUUUGUUGAUAUUGCAGGUCUCGAUGGGUGAUUUGCAGAUUCAGCCAGGUAAGAUUUGGGCACUAGAAUGUCACUCAGUUUCAGUUUCCGCCAUAUGUAGGUUUUACUUUGGGGUAGUGUGUUUGCCUUCAGGUGUAUUACUCGAAAAAGAUCUUUGUCUUGUACGGCUAGCAGUACUAAACUUUUAAUUUUAGAUGUAUUGUGGGAUGGUAACUGAUGUGCACUUUCUUUGACUUGUGAUGGAAACAUGGCUAAGUAGCUCUCUCUCUCUCUCUCUCUCUCUCUCUCUCUCUCUCUCUCUCUCUCUCACAUAGUUGGUCGAAUAACAUAUGGAAAAUUUCAUAAGCCAUCCUCACAUUUGGGUUCACACAUCAAUUUGCACCGUUGGUUUUACAAACCUACAAUCAAUGUCCUUACUUUUGUCAUUCAAUUUCAAGUUGUAUCCAAGGCUCGGUCCUAUUUACAAAUUAGUUUUUCCCGGUCCAGCAUUGCCCAUUUCGAGUUCCUUUUCUCACAUUUGGGUCUGAAUGUGUCUGAGGGGUAAAUUAGGUCUUCUAGCUUGUGGAUUUUUUUAUGUCAAUGCAAAUUGGCGAUUUUCAAGACUGAGGUUGGAAAUUGUCAUGGCGACAGAAACUAGAGAUUGUUUCGGAAAUUUUCCCGAACAGAAAAUCUCAAAAACGUGGCAUUGGUACUUCGUUCUUCUAUUUUUUUUUGGUCAAUUAUUUGCCUUGAUAUAUCAGUUGAUUUGUUAAUCGCAAUUUUUAUGCUUGUCAUCGUUUCGAUGAUUGAAAAUUUAUUUUUUAAAAAUGAUUGUUUGUAUAGUUUACAAAAAUAAAUUAAUUUAACUCUGUGAAGGCGAGACACCUCACCAAUUGAAUCCUCUCUAUUAAGGACUCCUCUGGCUCUCUUAUCACCGAUCCAACUCGAGUGCCGCAGGUUUUUAUCUCUUUUUUCUCGGAUCUAUUAUCCCCCCAUGAUACCCUUGUCAAGCUGUCCCUUGAAGACUUGCAGCAAGUUAUUUGCAGUCCACUCUCGGAUGCCCAAGUUUGCUCCAUUGUUGCACCUGUCUCGGACUCUGAGAUUAAAGACACCAUUUUUUCUCUUCCAAGAAGUAAAGCUCCGGGCCCUAACGGCUUUACUGCCGAAUUGUAUAAAAACAAUUGGAGAAUUGUUGGACCUUUGGUGAUUCGGGCUGUGAAGGAUUUUUUUUCCUUA